GACAAUAUGGCGCGCGGCCUCUCGCGAUUAUAGUUGUUUUUUUUUAAAUGAAUGGAUACAAUUACAAGCCACUGCCUGUAGAAUGAAAUGGACUACAUUUCCCAAAGCUGCCGAGUGCUACGUUAUGUCCCCCGCUUGUCCAAUGAGAAAAAGGAAUUUUGAAGGCGUUGUUAAUAUGCACGAUGGAGACAUCGCAUUCACCGAUAUGCUUGUGAUUUAGCAACAAUAUAGAGAUUAGCGAAACAGGAACGCAAAUGGAGGAGAAAGUGUCCUUUGUGGGCCCCGAAGAAACUAAAGCGGAGUUCAUAUGGACCGUCCAGGCCACGUGGCACUUGGUCAACACCCGUCUGGAAAUGGACCAAGCUUUUGAGCAGCCCGUGUGCAAGAAGAAGAAACUUUGGGAGACAGUGGCCGAGAGGGUCAACGCCCGUCUGAGGGAGGAGGCGCGCGAAGCGGCCGACGUGGGCGUCAAGGCCCACGAGUGCGACCUGAAGUGGAGAAACAUGCUGAACACGUACAGGAAAAACGCCGAGCGGGCAAAGAGGCUGGGGGACGCCGCCGUCCACUGGGAGUUCUUCGGGGCCAUGCGCCGCGUCCUGGGCAGGGAGGCGGAGGCCAGGCGGGGCGCCAAGAUGGGCGGCACCAAGGCGAGCAAGAGGUUCGCGCCCAUUCUGCCUUUGCCCCCUCCCGCGGCGUCUUCCACGUCCUCCUGCGCACCGAGGCCACCGCAGGAUGUGCUGCAGCUGUACAUGGAGCUGCAGGGGAGGAAGUUGAACAUGUGGGCCCAGCAGAAGGCGCUAGAGGAGCGGAAGAUCGAGGCCAUCAACAACCUGGCGCACGCCAUUGCCAGUCUGGCGCAGAAGGACAAAGAGAGCUGCUAGACGGACGGGCGGACUCUCGUGGACAUGCGCCUUGUCAAGAUAAUGCACCAGAAAUACAGCUUUCUAUUUUUUCGAGAAAAAAUAGAUCAGACUUUAUUCUCAUAUGACUUUUUUCGUGGGGAAAAAAAAUGGAUUUUAAUCUUUCCUUUGAGAAAAUAUGGCUAAUCUUGAAAAACACUUUGCUCUUGAAAUAUUUCAACAUUAUUCAAUAAAAUGUAACUUCCA